GGCACUAGGAUUACUGAAUAAAGUAGAAGGACUGUAGGUAUUGUUUUGGUUCUUUAGGAAUCUAUUGCCGCCCUGAUGGUGUCUGAUGAUUUUUAAUCCUUGAGUGCUUCCACUGGAGUGUUACUCUACUCUGCACAACUGACGGGAGCACUGAAGGGUUGAGCUGGCUCCGAUUGUUUUGAAAGUCUUUCCGUCUGUUUCACGGACGUUAUUGAUCCUGUUCUCGUCUCAAGUCGGUACCUUGACGUGACUUUUCACCCAGAACCAUGAGUUACUUGAUGAAGACAGCAAUGCAAGGCCAGCGAGUUGACAAUGCAGGUUUUGACCUCAUUCAAAAUCGGAUCGAGUCAUUGAGCGGCAAGAUGGACACGCUCAUCAACCUUCAAGAAAAGGUCCUCAGUCGGCUGGAUGCUGAACCUGUAGGCACUGCAAAGGAGGAGAAUCCUAAAGUUAGCAAUGAAGAGAUCCUUGUCCCACGUGGAGAAGUGGGACAAGAAGUUAAGGAAAUAUACCAGGAAAUGAGCACCAUUAUGUCAGCGGUCAACCAGCGGUCUGAGAUGCAGGCUCUGAAGCUAGAAGGCAUGGAGAAACUGGUGCUCAGCAUGCAGCAGGUGAUCAGCUUCAUCGGGGAGACGGUUAAGAGCUCCAGAGUGAUGGAGCUCAUGUUCAAAGGGCCUGCCACCAGAAAGGGUAACAAAGGAAAGCAAGUUCUGAAGAUGAAAUCAUCAGACACCAAAAAAACUGAGAAGAAAACUACCUCUAACAAAGCCAGUAAAGGAAAUCAAGAGAUAACUUCUGUUUGUGAGCCUGCUCCUUCACAGCCGUCUCACAGGACAAAGCUCCACGGACCAAAGCAUUUCCUGGCUGCUCGCAAAUCCGCAACCUUUCUGAAAGAUCACAAAGGCAAGGACGGCGCAGAGAAGCCCAGUUUGAUUCCCAAAGGUCUGAAAGGCCAAAUGAAGAUGAAACCUCCGGACACAUCAGAGGUAGAUGUCUCAUUAAAGAAGCAGGCUUUGCUUCCGGAAGAGGUGCAGAAGCUUAACAGAGAGAAUGCGGAGAAGUCAGCUCACCAGCUCACCAAUGUAUAUUUGGAUCUGGAAACUGGCGUCCCUGCUCAAGAGCAACAGGAUCAUGGCGUAGAGGACCUUGCAGUUGCAUCCCAACAGGAGGCGGCUGGUGCAGAAGAGGAUGCGGCUAAGAUUUCUGACGGAGAUGUUGCUGAAGAAGAGCUCACGUUUGAUUUUCAUGAUGUAGAAGAAGAAGAAGUCCAGAAGAUAGAAGCGGAGGAGGAGUCCACAACCGAGGAUGCCUCCGAGGGCUCAGAGCUUCCUGAAAAUCAGAAAGAACAAACAAAUGCAAGUGGCGACUGCGACGUGGCCUCACCGUCUUCAGAAGAUGACGUGGACCAGAUAGUGGAGCUCAGCAUCGCCGAGGAACUGGUAGUGGUAGACGAAACCCCAAAGCCAGACGAGGAGGAAGAGGAUAAUAAAGAGGCAAAGGAAGAGGAUGAGCAGGAGCAGUCUGAGGACUGGGCCGUCUUCCGGGCGGAUGGGGUGGAGUUCCAGUUCGACCUGAAGGAGAGGCUGGAGCGAGAGAAGGAAACCAGAGGCGAGAACGAGGGACAGAAGGAGAAGGAGCACGUACAGCAAUACCAUAUUGAUACAGCUCCUCCUCCGGCAGCGCCGUUUAGUCACCGCAUCGUGUCGGCCAAGCCCAACCAGAUCAGCAACUUCUACACCAUCAACUGGCAGGAGGUUCUCGGCGGGGGUCGUUUUGGCCAAGUGCACAAAUGUGUUGAAAACUCAUCCGGUCUGACGCUGGCUGCCAAGGUCAUCAAGGCCAGGGCCCAGAAAGAAAAGGAGGUGGUGAAGAACGAGAUCCAAGUUAUGAACAAUCUUGACCACGCCAACCUGAUCCAACUGUAUGCAGCUUAUGAGUCGAGGAACGACAUCAUCCUUGUGCUUGAAUAUGUUGGUGGAGGCGAGCUUUUUAACAGAAUCAUUGAUGAAAACUACACUUUGAUGGAGCUGGACGCUGUGGUUUUCAUCAGGCAGAUCUGCGAGGGCCUGCAGCACAUGCACAAAAUGUACAUCCUACAUUUGGACUUAAAGCCGGAAAACAUCCUGUGUGUAAGCAGAGUCACAAAUAAAAUCAAGAUCAUCGACUUUGGCCUUGCCAGGAUAUACAAACCAAGGGAGAAGCUGCGAGUAAAUUUCGGGACACCGGAAUUUCUGGCCCCGGAAGUGAUCAACUACGACUUUGUUUCAUUUAACACAGACAUGUGGAGCCUCGGUGUCAUCACCUACAUGCUUCUCAGCGGCCUCUGUCCUUUCCUGGGCGACGACGACAACGAGACGCUCAACAACAUCUUGGCCUGCCAGUGGAAUUUGGAGGAGCAGGAGUUUGUGGACACAUCUGAAGAGGCCAAAGACUUUAUCUCCAGACUACUCGUCGUCAAUAAAAGUUGGAGGAUGGGCGCAUCAGAGGCCCUUAGACACCCUUGGCUGUCGGACCCGGUCCUUCAUCACAAACUUAAUACCAAGAAAACCAUGUGCCGAUCUCGACGUUCAUCAUGUGUGCCCCCAACAGAUAGUUGAGGUAGUGGAGGGCACCAAUGUGGCCACUCGGACCAAGCCUCCUGUAGCUGUACACCCGUCCUGUCAAAACCAGUCGAAUUCUGGCUGAUGAUGUCUUUGUAUGAGCCAAAAUGUACUAAUUGAUCGUAAAAAAUAUCCUAAGUCAGGGGUGUCAAACUCAAUUUAGCUCAGGGGCCGCAUGGAGGAAAAUCUGUGCACACGCGGGCCGGCCUAUUAAAAUCAUGGCAUUAAAACUAAAAACUAAAACAACUUCAGAUUGUUUUCUUUGUCUUACUUUGGCCCAAUAUUGAACAAACACAUUCUGAAAAUAUUACAAUAAAAAUAUAGAAAAAAAUACCAGCAGCGGUAAAGUUUAGAUCCAUGAAGAAAAGAAGAAAGUGAAUGAAUGUUUAUUUACAUAUGCAGAAAACAUUUACAUAUGCAUAACAAUUAGUUUUCUUUUUUUAUUUUAUUUUUUUUUAUGAAUUAAGGGUGUGCCGCCUUCCGCCCGAUUGUAGCUGGGAUAGGCUCUAGCACCCCCCGCAACCCCGAAGGGAAUAAGCGGUAGAAGAUGGAUGGAUGGAUGGAAUUAAGUAAUGUUUAUGACAACAUUUUUCCAAAACACAAUACAGAAUGUGAGAUAUAACAGGAUAAUGCAUACUUUUAUCAUUUGUUUUCAAAACGCUUACAAAAAAGUGGGACCCCAAAAAUGUACUGUGGGACCCCGUUUUUAUGACUUGAUGGGGACCCCAUUUUGAAAAUUCCAACACCAACUGUUAGUGCGGGCAAAACAUCAGCAAGCAGCUGUGGCCUGUGGGCCGGUUCCAAUAAUCAAAUAUCAUCCCGGGUGCCAUAGAUAAUUAUUUGCGGGCCAGAUCCUUGACUUUGACAUCCCUGUUUUAAGUCAUACCACAUGAGGCUGUCACGUGUCAUCCUGACCUCUUAAGCCAGUUGCAUUAAUGCAGUGGUGUUCAUUUUUUAAAAAUUUUUUUUUAAUAAAAGUACCACCUCAGAAAACACUUGGCUCUCCAGGUUCCACCAUAGUAGGCCUAAGUAUUUAUUAAAAACAAGUAUAUUUAAUAUUUUUGGCCACUGUAACAUUACACAGUUUGAACAGUAACGCUGUUUGAAUAUAGGCAAAUAAAACACUGUCCUUUAUUCAAGUACCACUAGCUAGAGCCAGCGUACCACAGUUUGAGAAUCACUGCAUUAAUGUAAGUUUCCACUUUGGGUGGCAGCAUUGCUUUGAAUACAGAAUGUGCAUCGAUCUUUCUGAUCUUGUUCAUUUUCAAACAUGCAUCCUCACUCUGCUGCCUUACAUUAAUUAUACACAUAUAUCUUCACAUUGCAUUUAGUUUCAGUGUCAUUUUUGCCGUCAAAUCAGAUCAAAUUUGUGUAUGUAAUUUAGUGUCUUCUAGUACGCGCACUUUAUGAUUGUAUUUAUUUAAAAGCUACUGUAGGUUCCACUGGCCUUGUGUGGCUGUUUUUUUUUUUGCCAUUAAGUAAUUUUUACAAAAAAAAAAAUGUCUUAUCAUGUUUUCACUUUAAAUCCGUGUCUGCACAAAUAUGAAGUUAUUUUUUUUAAAUAUUUUUAAAUCAAUGUACUGUAUGCAUGAGCUGUCAACCUACACUGGUGCCACUUUUGCUGUGUUAGAGAUGCCCCCCACAUGAUAGAUGUCUAUCACCUUCUGUGAAGGUUUACAAUAUAACUAAAAGGAACACACCACCUACCUACUGUUGUGUAUGACACUCUUGUUAGCACCACCCUUUUUAAUUUUAUGAUGUUUGUUCAAAUGUUUGUCCAAGUUAAACUUGUUACUUUCACUGAUUAAGCAUGUAUUAUUUUUUGUCUACACACCCAAUAAAUUGUGUCUUAAACUCAGGUGGUUUGUUUCUUGACAGCACACAUGUUUAAUAUUGUAGUUUCUUCAAAAUAGCCACCCUUUGCUCUGAUUACUGCUUUGCACACUCUUGGCAUUCUCUCGAUGAGCUUCAAGAGGUAUCACCUGAUAUGGAUUUCACGUCACAGGUGUCAUAGUUUUGAUGCCUUCAGUGACAAUCUACAAUGUAAAUAGUCUUGAAAAUAAAGUACGCU